AUGCCGCUGAAGGCGGUGAUCCUCAUCGGGGGCCCGCAGAAGGGGACCCGGUUCCGGCCAUUGUCCUUCGAGGUGCCCAAGCCGCUCUUCCCUGUAGCCGGGGUGCCCAUGGUGCAGCACCACAUCGAGGCCUGUGCCAAGGUGCCUGGCAUGAAGGAGAUCCUGCUGAUGGGCUUCUACCAGCCCCAUGAGGCCCUCAGCCGCUUCUUGGUGUCAGCGCAGCAGGAGUUCAAGAUCCCCAUCAGGUAUCUACAGGAGUACGCAGCACUGGGCACAGGUGGUGGCAUCUAUCACUUCCGAGACCAGAUCCUCUCAGGUGGUUCUGAGGCCUUCUUUGUCCUCAACGCAGACGUGUGCUCAGAGUUCCCCUUGCAGGAGAUGCUGGAGUUCCGGCAGCAGCACGGGGAUGUGCACAGCUUUGUCAUUCUGGGUACCACAGCCAACAGGACACAGGCACUGAAUUAUGGCUGUAUUGUGGCAAACGCAAACACCCAGGAGGUCCAGCACUAUGUGGAGAAGCCCAGCACAUUUGUUAGUGAGAUCAUUAACUGUGGCAUUUAUCUGUUCACACCUGCCAUCUUCCAGCACAUUGGUGAGGUCUUCCAGAGGAACCAGGAGGAGCUAGUACUCUGUCCUUACCUUGGAGAGGAGAGCUCUAAUGGCUGGCAGCGUGCAGAAGUGAUCCGUCUAGAGCAGGACGUUUUCACAGCACUGGCUGGGAAUGGAAAACUCUACGUCUACAAAACUGAUGGCUUCUGGAGCCAGAUCAAGUCAGCUGGCUCUGCUAUCUAUGCCAGCCGCCUUUACCUGAAUCAGUACAGCAAAAGCCACCCAGAGAGGCUGGCCCAGAACAAACCUGGAGGACCUAUCAUCCGAGGCAAUGUGUACAUCCACCCGACAGCCUCCAUUGACAGCACUGCAGUGCUGGGCCCCAACGUCUCAAUUGGGGAGGGGGUGACUGUUGGAGCUGGUGUGCGUGUGCGAGAGUCCAUCGUCCUGCAUGGUGCCUCACUCCACGACCACACCUGUGUCCUCAAUACCAUUGUGGGCUGGGACAGCACCAUUGGGCGCUGGGCCCGAGUUGAAGGAACACCCAGCGACCCCAACCCCAAUGAUCCCUAUGCCAAGAUUGACAGUGAGACCCUUUUCCGAGAUGGGCGCCUCACACCUUCCAUCACAAUCCUGGGCUGCAGUGUUACUAUCCCCCCUGAGGUGGUUAUUCUCAACUCUAUUGUCCUUCCUCACAAGGAGCUGAGCCGCAGCUACAAAAACCAGAUUAUUCUCUGAGUCAGCAGCUCACUGGGUUGGAGGGGCAGUGCCAACCUCACCCACUUCCUACUGUGCUGUACAGCAAGAGACUUGGUUGAGGCUUCAGCACCUGGGAGGUUCCCAGCAGCCCAGAGGGGUAGGUGCAGGCCAGGAACUCUAUAAGUGCCUGACUCCAACUCCUGACAGACAUUAAAGCUGGUGAGCAUCAGCCUUGUGUGCUGCUUCUCUUGCAGCCCAGGGACCAGCCCUGGGGCAAGGUGAAAGCUUUGGUGACAGCAUGUGAACCUGACAGCAGGUUCUGUGCCUGUGCAAGGAAGCCUAGGCUAAAGCUGUUGAGGAAGCACUUGCUGCCUGCAACAUCUCAAUUCCACAUUUGGAUAUGUCUCCACCCAAGGGCACUACCAGCAUCAUCUUGUGACCCUUCAACAGGCUGUUCCUAUCUGCAACUCCCUGAAAGGUUUUGGCCCAUCUCUGAGGCCAAAGAACUUCAAACACAGCUGUCCUGCAGAGGCAGCUGAGCUCGCAGCAGCCAGCUCAGGAUCCCAAUUUCAUAACUGUGAUUACAACAGCCUGAGUUGGGCUCCUGCCUACUGCUGGGAAAUGGCACAGCAAGGCUGUUCUAAGGGCACUAGCCCACACGGGCUGGAGGGGAGAGGCAGCUUGCUGGCCUUGGAGAAAGCUGCAAAAGCACCCCUUUUCCCAGCACCACCCCUGCCCCACCAAGGCCUCAAAAUCAGCCUGGAGAGCGAGCUGUAAGCCCCACCAAGCCUGCUCUCAUCAUGCCAAGACCUGCACAGGCUGCCUAGGCAGGGCUCAGGGUGGCAGCAGCAGGCCCCUGCCCCUCUAGGGCCAACAGCCUUUUCCACCCCCUCAUGGAUAGAGAUUGGGGUGGGGAGAGGGGAGCCUCACUACAUGUCUCCUCUCACACCAGCCCUACCCCCAGGACACACAGAACAAUCAACUUUUGUGCAGAUGGUAGAUAUCUCCCACCUCACUCAGUCUUAAAAAAAAAAAAAAAAGAAGUGAUUUUAUUAAAAGCAGCCCCCUGCUGCUGCUGGCACAGUCUGUGGUAACCAACAGUGCCCUUUACCUGCUUAUCUCCCGCUCUUCACCUCUACUAGAGGAGCUCUGUGCUAAAAGCUCAGCACUCCACCAAGGACUCCAUCAAGCUUCUCACCAAGGCACCAUGUUAGGUAUUCUCUAUUCCUCCAGUACCACCCCAGCUUCAUGGAUUUGCAGUAAAUCCUUGCUCCCAGCCCUGUGCCUUCAUGUGCCAGUUCUUCUGUGGUCGUGGGUGGAAAUUAACUGUUCCCUGGCUUUAAGCACAUU